GUAGACCGCGAUCUACUACUAGAAAAGCUCUGGAAGGUCGGGAUUAGAGCGCGUUUCUACAACAUGGUAAAGGCCAUGUAUGAAGUAACGGAAAACGAAGUGAUAACAGGGGAAGGGAUAUCCGAGAGGUUUUCGACAGGGAGAGGGGUGAGGCAGGGCUGUCCGCUGAGCCCCAUACUAUUUAACGUGUUUAUAGAUGACAUUGAUGACUGGUGGGAGAAAAGAGGGGAAGGAGGUACGGUAGUGGGGGGAGAGAAGAUUUUCUGUUUAAAAUACGCGGACGACAUUGUAGUGGCAGCGGAAAGCGCGGGGGAACUCCAAAGCAUGUUGGGCACUGCAGAGCGUUUCUUCCAGGAAAAUCGACUGGAAAUAAACGUCAACAAAACCAAAGUCAUGGUUUUCAGGGGGGGUGGCCGAAGGAAAAAAGGAGAAAAGUGGAAAAUAUAUGGGAAAGAGGUAGAAGUCGUCAACAGUUUUAAGUAUCUGGGUUUUUGGUUCUCGUCAAAAAACGCGUAUGGGGAGCAUGUAAGAAAAAUGGCGGGGAAGGGGACAAGAGCAGUGAAUGCGGCGUGGGGGGUGGCGACAAGGGCCGGGUUGAGCUCACUCGACAGCAGGUUGUACAUCCUUAACGUGCUGGGGAAGUCGGGGGCAACGUACGGGACAGAAAUCUGGGGACUCAAACCGCGGGAGACGAUGGAAAGAGUACAGGGGAGGGUAGUGAAGAUGGGAAUGGGGGUGUCAAAAAUUACGCCUGGGUAUCUGUGGAGGGCGGAGAGCGGCAGAAAGGGAUUGAUUCUGGAGACUAAGAGACGUGUGCUAGGUUUCUUGGGGGGGGGGGUGAGCAGGUUAGCAAAGGAUCGCCUAGUCAGAGUAUGCCUAAGUGAGGAACUCAGGGCGCUAGGGAACUCCAAUCCUUCAGCAUGGGGAAAAGAGCUGAAGGAAGCUCUGGAGGAAUGGGGGGGUGAGGAUUUCCUGGAAAUUCUCAAACGGGGGGAAACAGAGUGGAAGGAGUUCCAAGACAGGCUGAAAGAGUUUUUGGAGAAGGGGGAAGCCAAGGAGCGGGCGGAGGAUGACCGUAGAAUACGGGACUCUACUUUCAACCCGUUCUAUAAGUACCUAGUCAGGCCCGACGAAAAGGAGGGGUAUUGGAGCAUGAAAGGAGUAACUUGGGGGGACAAAACGAUGUGGGCCAGGAUGCGCUGUGGGAACAUAGGGCGAGCAGGAAACAAGGGUUACGAGGAUGUGAGCUGUAGGCUGUGUGGCGAAGUACGGGAGGACCUGGAGCACAUCCUAGAGUGUGACAAGGUUAGGGAGGGGAAGCUAAAAGACCUGUGGGGGGAGUGGGAGAAUCUGGGAAGAACAGAAUCAUUUGUGAAGCUGCUAGGGGGGAGACCGAUCCCAGAACUGUGCAAGCUGGUCAGGGGAUGGGAGAAACGGUUGCGAGGGUUGGAGAUGAGCAAGGAAGACCAGUAACUGAGUAGCAAUAAGGAGAACUGGGUAGACGAAUUUUUUUCAGGACUGGUUAGAGGAGGAGAGAGGGAGGAAACGUUGCUUAAUCGAGCCCGAGACUACUCCCUAUCAACCGAAUUGAGAGCGGGGGCUGAGCCUUUCACGUAUCUUCGGUCACGUUAUUUUUUCUCGCUGGGGGGAACCCGCGGAGUCCACAGGAUGACCCCGUGGCGUAUUCUCUCCACCACAAAGUCCCUGGACCUUCAGAAGCAGGAAAAGGCUCAAGGCCGGGGCGAUUUAUCUUGUCGUAUCUUAUUCUUACUCUUAUUCUUACUUUUGUAAUAUCUAAUAGUUAAAAGAUAACUGUUACUAGUUUUGUAAACUUUAAGUUUUUCUGUAUUUUCUGGGCAACAUGUGUAACACUGUAUAACAGCCCUUUAUAUGGGGAAAAUGGGAGGGGAAACAAAAUGUAAAAACCCGAGAGGGUAUACA